CUUAUGUUGUUUACUUUUUAUAAUUCCCUUGAUUAUAUGUACCAAAACCCAAAGACUCUUUUUUUUUUUGAAUGACCGGCUGUGCCAUUCGGUAUGUAAGAAACAGCUGUGCGGGGCAGGGGAAACGCUAUAAAACCAAGGAACCUUCGGACAACGCUCCAGAACUGAAAAAUUAUGUGCAGCAAUCUGAGCGACUUGUUUGCCUGCAUCAGGGCUCAAGAAGACUCGGAGGCGGACAGGAGCAGCACCACCCAUCGGCGGAAUAACGCAGAUGUUGACGAGGAAGCGCCCGAUCCCCAAAGGGAUCUGCUGAGGCGGCAACAGCAGCGGCAAAGGGAGCUGCUCCUCCAGGAGAGAAACUUUACAUCCAAAGUCCCCCUAUUGGAUACCCUUCCACCUUCCUUGAACGGCUGCAUCCACCCUCCUUCGAUCUCCCUCGAAGCUCGGGCUCCUGUCCCGGAACCCGAAUAAUCUAGAUCCAGCAAAUAUAUACCCGAUCACUUCUAGACGAACUAAAACUUUG